AUGUUGACAGUGCAGCUGGUGAAGUUACUUGCUGUGACUGCUCUGGCCGAGGCCUUGGCUCAUGGGCAGGGGCUGGUCCUGGAUCUCCCCUAUCUUGAAGAUACCAUAGGUUUUUUUGUUUUUUCUUUUUUUGGAUAUCGUAGGAUUUACCCUUUCUUUCUUCUUUGUGUCUUAGGUACAGGAAGAGGGCUGAUGAGCAAAACAUCCCUGCGGGAGGGACAGAUGAUUAUUUCGUUGCCUGAGAGUUGCCUGCUCACCACGGACACAGUGAUUAGAAGCUACUUAGGGGCGUACAUUGCUAAGUGGCAGCCUCCUCCAUCUCCUCUGCUGGCUCUGUGCACCUUUUUAGUUUCAGAAAAGCAUGCUGGGGACCAGUCUCUCUGGAAGCCUUACCUGGAGAUUUUACCGAAGGCCUACACCUGCCCUGUAUGUUUGGAACCAGAAGUGGUGAACCUGUUUCCCAAACCUUUGAAGGCAAAGGCUGAAGAGCAGAGAGCCCGCGUGCAGGAGUUCUUUUCUUCCUCCAGAGACUUUGUCUCUUCCCUGCAGCCUCUGUUUUCUGAGGCUGUUGAGAGCAUCUUUAGCUACAGUGCCCUCCUGUGGGCUUGGUGCACGGUCAACACCAGGGCUGUGUACGUGGAGCACAGGCAGAGGCAAUGCUUGUCCGCAGAGCCGAACACCUACGCGCUCGCCCCAUACCUGGAUCUGCUCAAUCAUAGCCCACAUGUCCAGGUAAAAGCAGCAUUUAAUGAGGAAACUCACUGUUAUGAAAUUAGAACGGUUUCAGGCUGCAGGAAACAUGAACAGGUGUUCAUCUGCUAUGGCCCUCAUGAUAACCAGCGGCUGCUCCUGGAAUACGGAUUCAUUUCCGUCCAGAAUCCUCACGCUUGUGUUCAUGUCUCAGAAGAUAUACUUGUUAAAUACCUUCCAUCAACAGAUAAACAGAUGAACAAGAAGAUUUCCAUUUUGAAGGAUCAUGAUUUUAUAGAAAAUUUGACAUUUGGAUGGGAUGGACCAUCUUGGAGGUUACUCACAGCUCUUAAGUUGUUAUGUCUGGAAGCCGAAGAAUUUACAUGCUGGAAAAAAAUACUUCUUGGGGAAAUCAUUUCAGAUACAAAUGAGAAGAGAAGUUUGGUCAUAGCCCAGAAAAUAUGCCAGUAUUUCAUAGAGGAGACCAAUGCUAUGCUGCGAAAGGUUUCUCAUAUGAAAGAUGAAGUGGCUUUGAUAAACCAACUAACUUUGGUAGAAACAUUGUGGACAGAAGAGCUAAAGAUUCUGCAGGCCUCUGCUGAGAUUCUAAACCGUUUGCAAACACCUUUUAGGUAACUAAAUGCAUUCGGUCGCCUCCUAUGGUGGGUGUGACUUCUUAAACAGUUUUAAAUGAAGGUUUAUUUUGUACAGAAUCAUUUACAGUCACCAAAUGGUUUCUAUUAAACAAUUGUAUACUGAAUCCUA